GUUUUUGCUGAGCUGGAUUGUGUUUACAUCCUAAAAAACUGUUUAUCACUCCGUCCUCCCCUCCCUUAAUCCGAAUCACAAGCUGUUUGGUGGCUAUACACACGCAUAUUUAUAAAUAUAGAUAUAUAUUUUUUUUUUGGAAAAUCGUGUAGCUUUAAACGCCCCGGGUUUCCCUUUCUUUCGAAUUUUAAUAUUACCUCCCAGACUUUUCUUAUUUUUUGAUCGUACUUUUGGUCGCGAGUAAGCACCGAGAGAGAGAGUGAGAGAGUGAGUGAGAGAGGUCUAAACGCGUUCGAAAAGAAGAAAGGAAGCAGCUUGCUUGAUAGAAAAAUGAAGGUGACGGUAACAACCCUAAGCGACGAUAUCUUCGUCUUAGAUGUCAGUGAAGAUCUCGAAUUAGAGAACUUUAAGGCCUUCUGCGAAAUCGAAAGCGGCGUACCGGCCCACGAAAUCGUCAUUGCAUUCAACGGCCUACCAUUAAUGGACGAUAAGAAGUCUCUUAAGGACCAUGGCAUUCGUGAUGGUGACGCUGUUAUUCUCCAACACAUGCAUCAGAGUGGCACGGACUUGAACAUUAACCCCUUUAACGGAGUUAUUCCUACAUUGGACUUCAGUUCCAUCAGAGUACCAGGAACAUCGAACAAUAGGCAAAUUCCAACUCAAAUUCCAACUCCAGCUCCAGUUUCAAAUAGUGCUGCACAUAGAGUACAAAAUCCACGUAGUGAAGAUGAUCCAGCCAUGAUAAGAGAUAUGUUCUUGGCAAAUCCAGACCAGCUGGCUCUGCUUAAGCAAAAUAAUCCUAGACUAGCGGAUGCCCUGUUGUCUGGUAAUUUAGAUAGAUUUUCUACUGUAUUGAGGGAACAAAUCAAGGUCAGAGAAGAACGCCAAGUGCAAAGAUUAAGAAUGAUGAAUGCAGAUCCACUAGAUACUGAAGCACAAAGACUGAUUGCAGAAGAAAUCCGGCAGAAAAACAUUGAAGCUAAUAUGGAAGCAGCUAUGGAAUAUAAUCCUGAAACAUUUGGCACUGUUGUUAUGUUGUAUAUUAAUUGCAAAGUUAACGGAUUUCCUGUUAAAGCAUUUAUUGACUCAGGUGCACAAACAACGAUAAUGUCUGCAGCUUGUGCUGAACGAUGUCACAUUAUGCGUCUAGUUGAUACUAGAUGGGCUGGAGUAGCUAAGGGUGUUGGUGUUCAGCGCAUCAUUGGACGAAUUCAUAUGGUUCAAAUUCAAAUUGGCAAUGAUCAUCUUACAACAUCCUUUAGCGUACUCGAAGAACAAAGGAUGGAUAUGUUACUUGGUUUAGACAUGUUGAAAAGGCACCAAUGUUGUAUAGACCUAAAGUCAAAUUUAUUGAAGAUAGGAACUACAGGAACUGAGACUUCAUUUUUAGCAGAAGGCGAUUUACCAGAAUGUGCAAGAUUAAGUGGUAAUAGCGAUGAAUCAUUGGACGAUAGAGAUCUACACAGGGCUUUAGAAGAUAGUACAAGAGAAGCAAAAAAGCAAAGACAGCUACAUGAUAGCCAAAGUCACAACAAUUCGGUGGGUGCAUCUUCAUCCAACAGAUUAGCUACAUUAGAGACUACCAUUUUUUUACAUGAUCCAUUUAAUGAAGCGACAGUAAAAGAAAUUGAAGCGUUAGGUUUCGGUAGAGCUCAAGUAAUUAGCGAGUUGCGCAGGUUUAAUGGCGAUAAAGCACAAGCUACAGCAGCAUUGUUUGCAAAAUCCUUAAAAUUCUAAUGGUGAAAGCUAUCAUAUACAAUAUUUAGCAAUACUAUAAAAAUCUGUGAAUAAUAA